GACUUAACUGGCCAGUGAGAACAUCUCUCAAGCAUGGGAAAUAUUUUUGCUAACCUCUUCAAAGGCCUUUUUGGCAAAAAAGAAAUGCGUAUUCUAAUGGUUGGUCUGGAUGCUGCAGGAAAGACGACUAUUUUGUACAAACUUAAACUUGGUGAAAUAGUAACUACUAUUCCUACUAUAGGUUUCAAUGUGGAAACAGUAGAAUACAAGAACAUUAGCUUCACGGUCUGGGAUGUAGGCGGUCAGGAUAAGAUCAGACCACUCUGGCGCCAUUAUUUCCAGAACACACAAGGUCUGAUUUUUGUGGUUGACAGUAAUGACAGAGAACGAGUGAACGAGGCCAGAGAAGAGCUUAUGAGAAUGUUGGCAGAAGAUGAGCUCAGAGAUGCUGUUUUAUUAGUGUUUGCUAACAAACAGGACCUGCCGAACGCCAUGAAUGCAGCAGAAAUCACAGACAAACUCGGACUGCAUUCUCUUCGUCACAGGAACUGGUAUAUCCAGGCAACCUGUGCCACUAGUGGAGACGGUCUCUAUGAAGGACUGGACUGGUUGUCCAAUCAGCUCCGAAACCAGAAAUGAAACCAUAAACCUUCCUCUUCCCUCUUUUUCCACCCCUCCCUCUUAUUUCCUCCUGUUCGCCCUUCGCUUUACUCUAAUGUGGCAAACUGUGCUACUUUGUGGUAUCGAGUGCCGGAAGCUGUUUUCAUUCCUUUUGUCACAGUAUAUAUUGCAUCAUGCUGUAAAUGUGGCAAAUACAAGCCUGAAAACAGUUAGGUUUCUUAUUUAAUGUAAAUAGUUUUUGUUUCCAAUGAGGCAGUUUCUGGUACUCCUAUGCAAUAUUACUCAGCUUUUUUAUUGUAAAGAAUCAACUCACUGUUCAGUACGUGGAAGGGAUUUAAGUGGGUUACCAUAAGGGUUGCCAGUGGUCCUUGUGCAGUAGAGCUGAACACUAUCUCAGCUGGGUUGUGAGAUCUGUGAGAUCCAUUUUGGGGGUUGGUUUUUAACCCAAAUUCUGUAUUUUUUUUAAAUAGUCAAGGAAAAGUAAAAACACUUCAACACGCAGACGUUUGACGCAGCUUCUGCUGUUCUAAGCUCUAACGCGGUGACUUUCGAUUCUUUUGAAAUGGUGAAGCGAUGAUUGACACCCAGUUAGCUUCAUCUGGUUAAAGAACAGAUCAUAACUGGUAGAUCUUUGGCUCUUUCUGUGGCUCAUGGUAUGUGCUCAUGUAUUUGUUCACACUCAUUAAAAGAUGUGUCGGACCCGGUUUAGAUGAGCUUGCAGACUCACGCUAAACUUGUGACCGUUGGUUCAGGUGAGAUUUAUCGCUUCCGUUGAACUUGAAUAAUUUCCAGAAGUCACAUUUUUAGCCUGUCGUCCUCGUCAAAAGUGUUUUGUACUUUUCUUGUGUGUAAACCACUCCAGAAGGCAAACCUUUCCACAGAAAGCACAGCCUCUACUGGUCCUAAGCUCUAUAGGCAGAAAGUACUGUACUUAACGUUAGAAUUGCCAUGAAAACCACCAAACAUCUAUGUAUAGCAUCUAGGAAAAAAAAACAAAACAAAACAAAAAAGCAUGAGAGUUUGGAGAGUCAUUCCACUCUAGAAGUAUUCAAUCCCAUUCUGGAACAAUCCCAUAUCUGUAUAUGUGUGAAAACCCUUGGCAUCCCUCAUACUGCAAGGUUCAGAUUUGCCAUCAGUAAAAAGACCUCUUUACUUUUCUUUUGUAUUUUGAUAAACACUGAAGAAGCUGGAGCUGUUCAAACUUUAACUCGAGGAACUAUCAGAACUGGUUUAUUUAGUGUUGUGGAAACCUUUAUUGCUUUCAGUACACGAUUAGUAAUCAACUGUUUUGUAUACUUGUUUUCAGUUUUCAUUUCGACAAACAAGCACUGUAAUUAAAGCUAUUAGAAUAAAAUCUCUUAACUAUUUCAUGUUUUUUAUGCCUUGCUGUUCAUUCGAUCAUCUUGGCAGAAUCAUAAUGAAAUACUUGUUGAAUAAAAAGUUUCAUGAAACUU